UUUAAUGUUGUCAACAGUUUAGGCAGCACCAGGAAAAAGCCUCAGAAGAAGAUUUCUAGGUCAGUUAUACAAAGAAUGGCAGAUCCAGGCAAUGGAACAUGUACUUUUAUGUUCAAAAAGAGGACUGUGAAAAGUAAAGGCGCUCGGAAACGUCAACAAUCAUCGGAUGAAGAAGGUAACAGCAAUAGUGAGUCAACUAAUACUGUUGUAAAAUCUACUGAACGGAAGAAAAAAAUAAACCCCAAUGUUCAAACUACAAAUCUAAAGAAAAAACGAGUCUCCAACAGUAGUUCAAGUAGUGAAGAUGAAGAACUGACCAUCACUAGCUAUAAGUCAUCAAGAUCUGCUAUGGCAGCUGGUCCAUCAGAUCAAGGAGCUACAGCAAUUGCAGAAUUUGACACAGAAAAAGAUAGAGAUGCUCAAGCAAUAUUUGAAAAAAGGCUAGAAGUUAAUAACGAUUUGGAAGGACAAGCUGAUGAUAAACUGUAUAGAGGCAUCAAUAACUAUCAGCAAUAUUUUAAACCCAAGGACACGGCGGCUGGAAAUGCGAGUUCCGGUUUAGUUAGAAGAGGUCCAAUUCGAGCGCCAGCGAAUUUGAGGGCCACAGUGAGAUGGGAUUACCAACCAGAUAUAUGUAAAGAUUACAAAGAGACUGGUUUCUGUGGAUUCGGAGAUAGCUGUAAAUUCUUGCACGACAGGAGCGAUUAUAAGCACGGAUGGCAGUUGGAGAAAGAAUGGCAAGCGGGGGAAUAUGGCCAAGAUAGCGAUGAUGAUAAAAAGUAUGAAAUUGAUUCGGAUGGAGAUGAUUUCCCAUUCAAAUGUUGCCUUUGCAGGGAAAGUUUCGUGAAUCCCAUAGUCACAAAAUGUAAGCAUUAUUUUUGCGAGGAGUGUGCUUUAAAACAGUACAAAAAGACGACGAGAUGCUUUGCUUGCAAUGCGCAAACAAACGGUGUAUUCAAUCCGGCGACAGAUUUAAUAAAAAAAUUGAAGAAUAUGGAAGAGAAUAAGGAGGAGUCAGGCUCCAGUUCAGACUAAUAUUAGUUCAACGGCAGCACU